UUUAUCUCUUCAAAUCAUGGUUCUGGAAAAUAAAGAAAUUAUUGUACAUUAAUAUUUAAUAACUAUAAUCAUCUAUAUAUUGAACAUAAAAAUAAUUUAAACACGUCUUAUUAUAGUCUAUAGGAAUAAGGAAUUCAGGACCAUCAACAAACUAUACAUAAUAUAUAUAUAUAUAUAUAUUUAAAUGUUGGUAAUAUCUUACACUUUACCCAUUACAUUAACUCUUAUUUAUCUCUAAAAGGAUUGUUUUUUGUUAAGUAUUUUGUUUCAACAUGACGUGGAAAACUAUUUCCUUAUGCUUGUGCAUUUAUGGAGUUUUAAAAGAGUUCCGUCCAUCAGAAUCUUAUUUCAUUCCAUAUUUACUAAGUCCACGGAUGAAUUUUACUGAAGAACAGGUUAAUAAUGAAAUACUUUCUAUUGGUGUUUAUGCUUCAAUGAUAUUCAUGAUUUUUGUUUCUUUAACAACUGACUGGCUGAGGUAUAAAAUUGUUAUUGUUAUCCAAGCAUUAUGCGGUGUUUGUAUUUAUGCACUGUUAUCUUUAUGUACAAGUUUUACAUCUAUUGUUGUAGUUGAAAUUUUGUAUGGCUUGUUUGUUGCUACAGAAGUUGCAUACUACACAUAUACAUAUUCUGUUGUGAAUGUAAAAUAUUACCAGAAAGUUACCAGUUACACAAGAGCUGCACAUCUUAUAGGGCGUUUCUUUUCAGGGUUUCUUUCCCAGGUGUUUAUUUCAACUAAAUUAGUUGAUACAUAUCAAUUAAAUUUCCUCACAUUAGGAAGCCUGACAGCUGCAAUGAUGUGGACUAUAACAUUACCAGCUGUAAAAAGAAGUGAGCCUAAGUCAGAAACUCAGAAAAUGAAUGUAAUGGAUAAAGCAUCAGAAACAAAAUUAGAAGAUGAAGAUGAUGAUUUAGCUGAAAAUAGUAUAAAAAGCCAGAUGUCAUGGAAAUAUUUCAAGACCAUGUGUAAUGAGUAUAAGAGUUUGUAUAUUUUGAAGUGGUCAUUUUGGGUGAUAACUGCAACUUGUGUUUUUAAUCAAGUUUUGUAUUAUAUUCAAUCAUUGUGGGAAUCUUUGAGUAAUGACGAAUGCCUUCAGAGUAGUAUUAUUAAUUGUACUAAAACUUCAGAAUGGAAUGGAGCUGUUGAUGCUGUUUAUACAAUUUUAAGUACAUUUAUUACAUUUUUAUGUGGUUCGAUUAAAUUGAAUAUGGAUAAAUAUAGUAAUUUACUUAUUAUUGUAACAUCUUUUAUCCAAUGUGCUGCUCUUUAUAUAUCAGUUUCGUACAACUCAAUCUAUGUAUCAUAUAUCAACUACAUAAUUUACUGCGCAAUUUAUCAAGGGAUGAUGACCAUUGCCAGCUCUGAAAUAGCAAAGUGUGUCAAUAAAGACAACCAUGGAUUUGUGUUUGGUGUUAAUAACUUAUUAGCUGCAACUUUACAAUCAUUAGCUACAUUUUUAAUGACUUUAGCUGGUUUGUCAUCAUCCUCUAAAAUUUUGUUUGAAUGGUAUGCUGUAUUUUGUUUAGUAAUUGGAGUAUCUUAUUUAUUUAUAUCAAUUUUACAAGUCAUUAAGAAGUAAGUUUUGUUAAACACAUUUAAUAUUAUGAUAUUAAUUAGGUGAUUUAAUUAAUCUUAGUGACUUAAGACCUAAUAUUUUAUUAAAAUAUGUAUAUUCAUUGUAAGCUCAACAUGACAUUUUACCAUUGUAAACAACAUUAUAACUAAUCGUUCAAAUAAUAUUAAUUUAAUAUUUAUUACUUUUUGUGUAAUUAUUUGUAUGUAAUAUGUAUAAUAAAUAAAAUUUUGUAAUUUAAUACAAAGGCUGUAUUGAUAAGUUAUGAACUCAUACCUAUUAAUAAGCAAAAAUUAUAAGUACAUUAAUAUUUUGAAAUAAUAAAUCUAAAUAUAAAAUUAUGGAUUUAAAAAAAAUGUAAACUAUUUUAGAAUACCUAAAAACUAAGUAAUACCAAACCUUAAAAACUACUUAAUUAUUAUUCAUAAUGUAUAUUAUUAUCUUAUCAAUUUGAAUGCAUUGAUUAGGCAGUAAUGUAGAAUAUUAUAGGUGAUUAUAAUGUUCAUAUAAAUUGGAAGGCACCUAAUAACCAUAACCUAACCAAAUUACUUAGUACUUAGUAUUUGGUAAACAAUAAUUUAGUUUGUUAAAUUUUGUACAGAUUUAGGUUAUUAUAGUCAACUUAUAAUAAUAAUUAAUAUUAAAAGUAAUUUAAAACCACACCUGUAGUUGUUAAAAUUUAAUUUGAUGAUCAUAAAAUAAGAAAAAAAUAGAUCUUUAUUCAAAAGCUUUGGUUUAUCAAAUUUGUAUAGGCUUGUAUAGCAUACUAUAUGUUGAUUCAUUUUAAAUAUAAUACUUAAAUUUAAAAAAAAAAAUGUGUAUUAAAUACUGGGAUGCUGGAAUGAAAUAACCUUUCAUAGUUGAUGGAACAUUUUUACAUAUGGAUAUAAGUCAUAAGAGUUAAUACUAAUAACUAGAUAAUAGUUAAUACUAAUAACUAGAUAAUAGUUAACUUAUAAGUUUAUACCAAAAAGCUCUAGUAAAAAAAAGUGUAAUUUUUAUUUUACUUACAACUUUAAAAAAAAGGUCUUUAUGUGAUUGUUCAUCAAAUUUGACCAAGAUUUAAAUAGAUAUAAAGUGUAUAAAAUUAGGAUUAUUUUUCCUCAAAAUCUUGGGAUCAUCAUUCAUUGCAUUGUGGAGGCACUAGGCAGUGAAACUGAUACACUCAUCAAUGAAGUACUUAUUUUGUUUUGCACUGCCGUAUUGAUUUACGUACUACCUACACUUGAAAAUCCAAAAAAAAAGCUUAAAGUACCUGUUUUAAGUUAGAUUCCCAAGAGUUGAUAACAUUACUUCAAUAGUUCAGUAUUUCCUUCAAUCUUUGACCCUAUCUAGUUAAUCAUUUUCAGAUCAGUUUUAAGCAAAUAAUGGGGUAUUGUAAUUUGUAACUACCUAUCUAGUACCCAUGAUAAAUUAAAAGUAAAGCAAUAAAAAAUAUAGUAUUUCACACUACCAUUUAUCAAAAUUAAAUAAACUGGGCUAUAAGUGAAUAUGACUUGAUCGUCUCUCACCCGAAUAAGACCAUCUACAGUGAUAAAAUAUUUGUAAAUUAAUAUAGUAUAUCAAAUUUUCUGUUUUUUUUUUUUUUAAGUAGCCUAUUUUUAAGUACAGUUUGAGAUUGGAAGCAGAAAAAAAACUCUGGCACCAUUUAUAGAUAAAUAUAUUUUUUUAGCGUUUCGUUAUA